AUGAGCAGCAGCCUUUCAAAUGCCCUGCGCGUCCCAGCCCGGAUCGCUUUGCAUGAAAUACCCGAGAAUGCCGUGGUAGUCGAGGAAGGCGGCUCGGCCUUCGUGAAGAUAGGUGGCAGAUGGCGCUCGCAAACGGUGCAUGGUGUAGAGCUGCCUCUUCAGCAACAAUUCCGUCCCGGAGCUGUUAUGCAAGUUCCCUAUGACAGAGAGGCUAUAUACGUCUUUAGCCCUCAAGCUCAAAGCUGGUUGCUCGCAAAUCCUAGACCUGACGGCUCGUUUCAAUUUAGCGGACACACGCAGAUCAAGGUUGUGCCCCAUCAGCUAUAUGCUUCUCGCAACUUCAAUGGAGACCCCGAGGAAGUCCGAUACAAUCUUUCUCUAGGGUUGCUGGAAACGAACUGGGGUCAAGUGGCAAACGCAGAUGCCGUUGCGUUCACCGGUGAGCUUACGACCAAGGCGAAAGCUACCAUCCGGUAUCAAUUCGAGCGAUGGCCCUACAACGAGGAGCAGGUGCACUUGCAGCGAGGUGGCAAGCCAAUCACUCGCGGCGAGCUGGCAUUCGUCAUCGCUCAGCAGAUGAAGAAACUGAUCAUGGAAAUGAAGGCGCGGAACCAGCCGCUGAGGUUCGACAAUAGCAACAGAGAAGUCAUGCUCUCAGACUUAGUUCUGAUCUCAGUGAAGCGCGUGGCGGAGGGUAGCGUGCAGGCCAUCCUUGGCAUCCGCCAACACUAA